ACUGGGCUCUUUACUUCCUCUCUCUCUCUCUCUCUCUCUCACUCUCUGGUCUCUACGGACUCUUGUCUUGUCCGAAAUCUAGAUUUUCUCUGAGGGUACAAAUGAGUUAUCUGGGGAUCGGAAUCAGUCCCGGAAACGUGGCCAGCUACCACGGAGGCAAGAUUAAGUUGAUCGACCAGAGGCUUAGGCUAACGGAGGUCCUCUUACGCUGCUCCGUCAGUGUCUUCGCUCUCCUCGCACUUAUUCUGAUGGUUACAGACACUCAGGUCAAGCGAAUCUUCGUAGUUGAGAAGAGGGCCAAGUACACCGACAUGAAGUCGCUUGUAUUCUUGGUGGUCGCCAAUGGGAUAGCUGCGGCUUAUUCAUCGUUACAGUCGGUUCGUUGCGUGGCGGGUUCGAUGAAAGGAAGUGUUUUGUUCAGCAAGCCACUUGCUUGGGCCAUUUUCUCCGGUGAUCAGGCUAUGGCUUACAUGAGUGUUGCGGCUAUAGCAGCAGCAGCAGAGUCUGGAGUGAUUGGAAUAAGAGGUGAGGAAAAGCUGCAGUGGAUGAAAGUGUGUAAUAUGUAUUCCAAGUUCUGCAACCAAGGGGCUGCAGUGGUUGCUAGCGCCUCUAUUGCCUCCAUUGCUAUGGUGAUUGUCUCUUGCAUUUCCGCUUUUAGUCUCUUUCGCUUGUACGGUGCAACUCAAAGACGGCUAAACCUCGCCGUGGUGAAGUGAAAACUUACGCACCUUCUUUUAGUAUUCAUGAAAUGUUGUUAAGAAACAUUAAAAAGUGAAAUCUUCCUUGUGUUUAAAAUAUGAUAAUCUUCUCUCAUUGUGUGUAACAAACUAUAUGUAAAAUUGGACCUAGUGUUUUAUCUGUAUCAUUGUGUUAUCUA